UCUUGUCAUUCUUAUAUUGUGACGAAUAUCUUAAACUUGCCUGUUUAUGUUUUAUUUUUCGAUAAAAUAACCUUAAUUACAUUGUAUAUUAUCAUUAUUUCAUCAUAAAUCGUAUGAAUCAACAAUUAUUGUAUUUAUAUUUUGCGUAACUAUAACUUUGCGAAUGUGAACACUGAGUGCUUACUGAUUUUGCGUAACAAAGAAUACGAUCUAAUCGUGUGCUGUAUAAAAAAAACAAAAUAAUCCUUGAAAUACAGGCUAAAAAUGGAUUACGUUACAACAUUAAAAAUCUUAGUAAUAGGAGAAAGCGGUGUGGGGAAGUCCAGCAUCAUCCUAGCAUUCACAACAGGAGACUACAGUCCAUCUUUCCCGGCCACAAUUGGUGUUGAUUACAAAUGCAAACUUAUGGAUGUUAAUGGAGUGAAAGUGAAGCUCGGUAUAUGGGACACAGCGGGACAGGAAAGAUACAGAACACUGACAUCUAGUUUUUACAGAGAUGCACAUGGUGCAAUAUUAGUGUAUGAUACAUCAGAACCAAAAACACUGGCCAAGUUAAAAGAAUGGGUAGAAGAACUACAAGUGUACUCAACCAAAAAGAACAUAGUCUGUUUAGUUGUUGGAAAUAAAAUUGACAAGGCUCGAGCGGUACCCAGAGAGCAUGGGCAGGCGUUCGCACAAAAACACAGAAUGUUAUUUAUCGAGAGUAGUGCUAAAACGCAAGAUGGAAUCAAUUUGGCCUUCGAAGAACUUGUACAGAAGAUUAUUGAGACACCAGGAUUGUGGGAAACAACCAAGAGUUCCGGCAAUAUUCGUAUCUCACAACAGCAGCAGCAGCAGCCUCAAGAGGAGUCGAGUUGCUAUAAUUACAUUUGUUCUAUAUAACAGAUAGCUUUGUACUCCUAUAGAUUGGCUUCAAUGAGAUCACUAGUUCAAUCACGUCUGUUGUAUCUACACAGGUUGGGGUGGGGUAACCUGUUUUUUUAAAUUAUAUUUAUAUUAAAAUAUCACAAAUUGUGUAGUCAUAGGCAUUGACAGUCAACUGUCAUCGGUGUAACGCAGCAUUGACAUUGUGUCGCGAAUCUUAGAGAACGCUUUAAAGAAAUAGGUAUCCACAUUGUAUCCACAUCCACAAAUUUAACACGUAAAAAGUUAAAUUUAUUUAUUAAGAAUAGUAGACAAUUACAGGCUUUUAAGGCAAGGAAUAAAAUAAAAUUAAAUAUGCUUAGUUUUCGUCUCAAAAAAGUAAGUAACGUUAUAAUAAAUUGCCAGAUAGUGUUUUGAAUUUAAAUGAAGGGAAAUUUGGGAUACAGAAAGCAUGCAAAUUAUAAUUCUUAGUGAUUUAUUUGUAAAUAAUAUUACAUUACAAAUACAGAAGAUUAAAUGUUAAGCCAAUUCUAGCAAGCAGAGCAACAAUUUUUUUUUACGAGACAUUGGUGUAGUUCUUUUUUAAAUCUAUUUAAUGGCAUCUCUCGAAGUACUUGUAUUUUAUUAGUUAAUAAUAUAUAU